AUGAAUGAAGGAGACGGCAAGUGGGAAAUUCGUGGUAAUGAAAUUACAGCAAAGAAGAGCACAAACGUUGGGAUUUCAGACUUCCACAACAUAACAGGUCAUGUUGAAAGGCGCAGGAGCCCCGAACGUGGUCACAACGUUCAUGGGAAUAAAAUCAGUGCAGAUGGAGGCAAGAAUGUUGGGAUUUCUAACUUUGGCAACUACACUGGCGGCUCAGCCUAA